CACGACUCAAAACUUAAUUCUCAGUUGAUUCGAGCUCAUCAACUUAACCACCACGAUACACAACUAUUUACCUGUUAUAAACAAGAUUUCCGCUUAUUUGAGAAGGCAAUUCAACUUAAAUAACCCAAGGUGUUUAAGAAUUCACCAAGAAUACGUAUAGCUCACUCCUGGAUCAUAGCUUUAGACUUAUAUGGAUGAAGGGAAAUAAGUAUCCUGGUGGUGCAUUUACAUACUAUUCGACUCUAGCAUACUUUUAAAAAGCUCCUCAACUUAGGGGAGGCAGUGGAGACACAUAGUAGCCAGGGACAUUGAGAUGCGACCACUGCUGCGACAAGUCGCUGCGGCGCCUCUCCGUUCUAAACCAUGUCACGAGCUGUUGAGGACACGGGAACUCGAUGUCCUACUACUACGGUCUAGCAAUACGCUAAUCCCCCAACCCGCAAUGCGGAGAUCGACCCAACUAUCGAGGGGAUGUAAUGCCUGUCGCCAGAUACGACGGUACGGUAGCAACGCCACAACCACCCUUAUACCACCAGAGGACGUGAACCUUGUACCACCAGAGGACGUGAACCUUAUACCACUAGAGGACGUGAAAUGGGGAAAGGCGAAAAAGUCGGACCCCCUACGUAUCCUAUUCUGCGGCUCCGAUGAAUUCAGCUGCGCUUCUCUCGAGGCGCUGCACGAGGAGCAUUUACGCAACCCGGCACUCAUCCAGUCCAUCGACGUCGUGGUCCGGCCGGGUAAGCGCACGGGGAGAGGGAACAAAAUCAUCCAGCAUCCGCCGAUUAGAGAUCUAGCUAAGACGCUAGGCCUUCCGAUACACAAGAGGGAUACUUUUACAGGGUGGAACAUGCCCUCUCACACCAACCUCAUAAUCGCCGUAUCCUUCGGCCUCUUCGUGCCCCCGCGUCUCCUCCACGCAGCUCAAUACGGAGGUCUAAACAUCCACCCGUCUCUCUUACCCGACCUGCGCGGGCCCGCCCCGCUGCAACACGCCCUCCUCGCCGGCCGUGCCUACACCGGUAUCAGCCUGCAGACGCUCGACGACCGAGCCUUCGACCACGGCUUGGUUCUCGCGCGCACGCCGCCCCUGCCGAUCCCGUCUGACACCGACUACGCCGCUUUACUCGCCCUCGUGACUCCCCUAGCCGCGGAGUUGUUGGUGCAGGGGCUAAGGCGCGGGGUACACGUCCCGCCGCUGGAGGAGGCGGGGGAACAUGCCCUUGGGCCGGAAGAGAGCGAGGGUCAGGGCCAAGAGGUGAGGGAGGUGGUGCGUGUGAAGACGGAAAAUCUCCUCCACGCGCCUAAAAUCACAAAACAAGACCGCCAGCUCCGAGCCAGUAAUCUACCACAGUUAUGGCGGCGAUACCGUGCGCUAGGCCCACUGUGGUUUUGGGCGCGCGAUCGGCAGGGUGUGCGGAAGCGCGUUAUUAUCGAGCGAGUUGCCGGCGAAGAUGCCGGUUUGGCAGAUGUAGCGCUUGCUUUUACGCUCGCCGCAGAUAUGAGUUCCAGCUUUGUGUUUAAUUUACACGCGAAGCAAAAGGAGAUUUUGGUCCUCGAUGCGGCUGCGUAUGCUGCUGCAGAUGGAGUCGGGCCUAGCGUACCGCGGCUGGUAGCCUUUGAGCAGGACGAUAAUACCGCUCCUAGUAUUGACGGCAUAGAUAUCAGCGAGACGGCAAACAGUGCCGGGCAAACUCGCCUUGUGCUAUGGUUCCCCGAGGGAGAUAGCGACGUGUGUUAUUUAGGACCCUGCCGUAUCGAGAUGAUAAAGGUUGAAGGUGACAAGGCGAAACCGGCGGCGCGGGCGCUAAAGGAUUUCCUUGUGUCGGUGGAAUUACCUACGAUUGAAUAACAGAAUACAAGGACGGGUUAGUAAGGAAGAGGAGUGGUUGCGAGUAAGAAAAGUGAACCUGUAUAGGGAUCAAGCAAAUCACGUAGCAAAACAAAGACCAAGCACAUAUAUCAGAACAGAGAUUUAUUAGUACAUGACAGAUAGUCUAGCUCCUUGUAGAACUAAUGUCGAC